UUUAACUUAUUCAUCAUCAUCAUCAUCAUCAUCAUUGUCAUUUGCCCAGAGAGAAAAAAAACCAGCAAAACAGGAAUACCUAACUAAUUGCAACUAGCCAAGCCAGAAAGAUAAAAAAAAUGAAACAACAGGAAACAUCAAAAAUGAUCGUUAUGAUGAUGAUAUUCAAAAUAAUAUUGAUGCUCAUUUUCAAUGUGGCCUUAUUAUCCGUUAUUAAUUGUUCGGAAGAUGAAGAACGCCUUGUUCGUGAUCUAUUUCGCGAUUAUAACAAACUUAUUCGUCCUGUCAAACUUAUCAAUGAUAGUGUCAAAGUGAAUGUCAAAUUACAAUUUGUACAAUUGAUCAAUAUUAAUGAAAAAAGUCAAAUAAUGACAUCAAAUGUAUGGAUUAAUCUGCGAUGGCCCGAUUAUCAACUCACAUGGGAUCCAGCAGAUUAUGGUGGUAUCACUGUAUUACAGCUUCCUCCGGAUAAAGUUUGGAAACCGGAUGUCGUACUAUUCAAUAAUGCCGACGGUAAUUACGAAGUUCGUUUCAAAUCAAAUACCCUUCUAUCAUAUAAUGGUGAAUUAUUGUGGUUACCUCCGGCCAUCUAUCAAAGCUCAUGCCAGAUUGAUGUUACAUAUUUUCCAUUUGAUCAACAACGUUGUGUUAUGAAAUUCGGUUCAUGGACAUUCAAUGGUGAUCAAGUGUACUUAGGUCUUAUUAAUGAUCGUUAUAGUGUCGAUCUAUCUGAUUAUUGGAAAAGUGGUACAUGGGAUAUUGUCGAUGUGCCUGCAUAUAUUAAUGUUUAUAAUAAUUCUAAAUAUGGUAAACCAACCGAAACGGAUAUAUCAUUCUAUAUAACAUUAAGACGUAAAACAUUAUUCUACACUGUCAAUCUAAUAUUGCCUACAGUAUUAAUAUCAUUUCUAUCCAUAUUGGUUUUCUAUUUACCAUCUGAAGCCGGUGAAAAAGUAACGCUCGGUAUUUCAAUUUUAUUGGCAUUGGUUGUGUUCUUGUUACUUAUAUCAAAAAUAUUACCUCCAACAUCAUUAGCGCUUCCAUUAAUUGCCAAAUAUUUAUUAUUUGCAUUCAUUAUGAAUUGUAUAUCAAUACUAGCCACUGUAAUUGUUAUUAAUUGGAAUUUUCGUGGUCCACGUACACAUAAAAUGCCUAAUUGGGUACGCACUGUAUUUCUUACAUAUUUACCUGCAUUAUUAUUUAUGAAACGUCCAAAAAAGACACGUUUGAGAUGGAUGAUGGAUAUGCCAAAUAUACAUCAUCAUUAUCAUCAUUAUCAUCAACAUCAUAUCAACAACAACAACAGCAGCAGCAGCAAGCAACAACAACAUCAUCCAUCACAAUAUCAUUUUCAUCAUCAUCAUUCUCAUCAUCAUAAUCAAAUGGGUGGCCAAACGGCCGAUACUAUUAUACCAUCAUGCCUUACUGGAUCGGGUACUGGACCACCAGACGAAAUGGUCAGUGGAAAUGUAUCACCAACGACAGCUCAACCACAACCAAUAACCACAACAACGUCCACAGCUCAACGACAUCAUCAUCAUCCGAAUUGUACGAUUGUUACUGCACAGCAGCAUCAAUCAAAUUUUCAUCCACCAUUACAGCCCCAUCAUUCUUCACAUCAUCAUCCACAUCAACCACAACCACCACCACCGCCACCAUCAUCAUCAUCAAUUGAUCAUGAUAUGAUGGCAAUAAGAGAUAAUGAUAGUCUUGAUUUAUAUUUUAUGUCACCCGAUGCAUAUCGUGCUGCCGAAGCCAUUGAAUUCAUUGCCGAACAUUUACGUAAUGAAGAUCAAUAUAUUCAAAUACGUGAAGAUUGGAAAUAUGUAGCCAUGGUUAUAGAUCGUUUACAAUUGUAUCUAUUUUUCGGUAUCACAUCAUUCGGUACCAUCGCCAUAUUGUUGGAUGCACCGCAUAUCUUUCAGCCAAUCGAUCAAGAUAAAGUUAUCCAAAUGAAUCGUCAUGAAUCAUCAUGAAUACAAUAUAUAAAUAUAUGCCGAUAUGCAGAUAUGUGGGCGUUAUGUGUUUUUUUUUUUUUUCCACUAUUCUACAGUUAUCAUUUAUAUUAUGUGAAAAUGAAAU